AUAUCCGGGUUUAAUUGUACGGUCAUAUUUGUACGGGACAACAAGCAGCAGCAGCAGCGAUGGCUACAAGUGAUGGACGCGAUUAUUUUCAGAGAACACGUCUCUUCUGGAUGGUCACCCUGUCAGUGGCGCUGAUAUAUUUCGCUUGCACAGUGUUUGCACCAGAUGUAGUCCCAUUUGAGCUCCUUGGUCCAUUUGGCACCUUCUCCAAAAACCUUGCAUAUAACCAUCCUGAUCUACUGUACAAAGGAUGGUGGUUGACCUGUGCUAUUCAUCUUUCUGAGGCUCUGAUUGCACUGAAGUUGUGCAGUAACAAAGGCAUCAAGGACAUGUCCACUCGGUGCCUUUGGUUUAUCCAGACCUUUCUGUUCGGCUUCGCCUCCCUCCACCUGCUAAUUAAGUACGACCCAGAGCGUUCCAAGCAGGACUGACCUUACCAGGAGAAGCCUACAGAACAACACAUCUGAGUCUAGAGAGCCCUUCUUGGGGCCUCAACUUCUUCCACUGUUCACUUUGAUUAUAAGAUCCUGCUGGAGAGCAUGAAAUGGAGCAAUACUCUUGAGCCUUUUCUUUAAUAGUGUUUCUUUUAAUAGAAUUCCAAAGACAUAUCUUUGAUAGAAAUGCUAGAAAUUUUCUUACAUAGUUUACAGGAAUUAAAGAUAUUUUGUAAUAGAGAUCACUGUUUCAUUCCAUAUUUUCUAGAUUUAAGGGAGAACGGUGCUACCUUUUCAGAAAUAAUAUAUUUUAAAGUUUGUCUUGAUGAUGAUAACUAGGGAUAAGGGUUAUUUAAAUAUGAGUGUUCUCUUGAUGAAUUUGAGUGCAGUACAUGGAACAAAUUUUAGAACAGAUUACCUAAAGGUGUUUACAUUCAGCCUACGUGGUGCAGUACAGGUGGGUUGGUUUUUGAGGGUUUUCCCUUUUUUCUCAGCUGCUCGGAUGAACAGGAUGCCUGACACGUUUGCUACAGAUGGUAUUUUUGCCAUCACCCUCAAAAGUGCUCUUGGAUUAAAUAAAGAGGGGAGCUGCUGUCAAAUUUGCCUUUCUCAGAUUAAAGUGCUGUGAUUCAUAGUCUUAAUGUUGACACUACAAAAUAAAGGAUGACUCAACUGAA